AUGGCGGCGGGGGAGCACAGCAACGCCGUGGGCGUCUCCGCGCGGGCGGCGGCGGCGGCGGCGGCGUCGGCGUCUGGACAGGAGCAGCAGUCGCAGCAGGGAGGAGUCGCCCUUGAGCACGCAAGCCAAACUCAGAACAACAACAAGAAAAACAAAAACCACAACACAGCCAUCAACAACACCCAAACAGAAAAGAACAACAACAACAACGACAAGAUGCUCCGGCGCCCGCCCACAACCCUCACCAUCACGGCCGAAGACGUCGCCGCCUACGAGGACCGCCGCGCCAGCGAGGCCCUGCAGGCCCGCCAGCAACAGCAGCAAGCGCAACAACAGCAGCAGCAACAGGCGCAGGCCCAGCGGCAGCAGGAGGAUCUGACGCCCGGGCAGGCAGCCAGGCGCGCGCGCGAGGAGCGCCUCGGCGUGACGCGCAGGCCUGGCGCUGGCGGCGGCGGCGGCGGCGGCGGCGGUCGAUGA